AUGUGGUACUCUAUCCAGUCUGGGCUCCUGCUAGCUGCCUCCUUGGCUGCAGUCGCUGAUGCUGAGCGUGUCCUGGGCGCUUAUAUCUUCGCUCGCCAUGGAGAUCGCACGCCCAAGGUGUUUGGUAGCACUCGACUGACCGAUCUGGGCUACCAAGAGGUCUUUGAUACGGGGUCAUUCUAUAACAAGCGAUAUAUCUCGUCGGACUCUUCCAAGCAGAUCGAGGGCAUUAGCGCCGAUCUCGUUAACCCAAAGCAAAUCAGUGCCUCUGCUCCGUCAGAUGCCGUCUUGCAGAAUUCAGCCACUGGCUUCUUGCAGGGUGUAUAUCCCCCGGUGGGGAAAGUGGCUUCCCAGACCCUAGCCAAUGGUGCCUCGGUCCAAGCUCCAUUGAACGGUUAUCAGCUCAUACAGCUUACUGCCGCUACUACAAGCAAGAACGCCGAGGAUUCCGCCUGGCUGCAGGGUGCCAGUGGUUGCCAAAAGGCCACCGUGAGCAGCAACAACUAUCUUUCUUCGGACAUGUACACUUCGCUGCUUUCUUCCACUAAGGACUUCUACCAGUCGCUUUCACCCAUGCUAGAAGGCGCUUUUCCCUCAUCUGACAUGUCCUUCAAGAAUGCCUACAUCAUUUUCGACUACUUGAAUGUCGGCAGAAUCCACAACUCCACCACCGAAUUCCCGCACAGGUCCGACCUGACCGACGAGGUGUACCAUCAGCUGAUCACUUUAGCUGGCACUCACGAGUUUAACCUAGCCUACAACUCCUCCGAUAAAGUGCGUGCUAUUGACGGCGCCGUUCUGGCGGGUGAAAUCCUUGCUGGUCUCAACGAUACCAUCGCUACCAAAGGGAAAUCCAAGCUGAAUGUCGGAUUCGGCUCUUAUGGCACCAUCUUCUCACUUUUUGGCCUUCUGCAGAUGCCUACUGCAUCUGUCAACUUCACCGGGAUCCCUGACUAUGCCUCGUCAAUGGUCUUCGAGUUGGUGACGAAUGCUACCGGCACCGAGUUCCCAGCCGACAAGUCCGACAUCAGUGUGCGCUUCAUGUUCCAUAAUGGCACCAUCACGGGAUCGUCCGAGCCUACCCCAUACCGACUGUAUGGACGGUCGAGUGAACUUCUAUCUUGGGAAGAUUUCGCCUCAGAAACUAAGAAGAUCGCCGUGACUUCCGAUGACGAAUGGUGUACUAUGUGCGGCAACACAGAGGGCAAGUGCGCUAGCUCUAGAAGCACUGGCAGCGAUUCCGCCUCUGCCGGCAUCUCUAGCACUGGCGGCUCGGGAAUGUCCCUCGCUGUGGCUGGCGUCAUUGGCGCUAUGGUUACGCUUGCAGUCAUUCUUGGCCUACAGGCUAUCUUCCUCCUUCUGGGUGGAUUCCGCAUCGCUAAGCGAAACAAGGCUAGGGCUGAUAUGAGCUCGCCUAUCUCUGUAGAGGCCGAUAAGAAAGCUUAG